UUCGUGAGGAAAUCGUCCGGGUCCGGGUGUGCGUAGAUUAUGAUUGAGUUUUGAGGAUUUGGUUAAUUGAGUGUCCUGAGAAAUUAGAUAGGGGAGGAAUAGGAUGUAUGCGGUUGGGAGGCUAGGGAGUUAUAUAUCAAGAGGGGUAUACACCGUCUCCGGCCCGUUCCACCCUUUUGGUGGAGCUGUGGAUAUAAUUGUAGUUGAACAACAAGAUGGGAGCUUCAAAUCGUCGGCGUGGAAUGUGAAAUUUGGGAAGUUUCAAGGGGUUUUGAAGACAAAGGAGAAGGUGGUCAACAUUAAUGUCAAUGGGGAGGAUGCUACUUUCCAUAUGUAUUUGGAUCAUAAAGGGGAAGCUUAUUUUCUUAGGGAGGUUGAUGCAGAAGAAGGGGAGGCUGUGUUGUAUCCUUCGUCUUCGAGUGAUGAGACGGAUGAGCAAUGUCGGGAAAACAGGCAGCCAUUGAAGUCCAUGAGUUGCAAUUAUGAUGCUGAGAAUUUGACAACAGUUGAUCAGAUUGAAACGCUUAACGGGAAGAUUUUGUCCAGGACUAAUUCCCGGAGGUCACGAAUUUUUGGGCUAUUUGGGAGCAGGUCGAUGAAGGAGCGCAAGAGUAAGGAGGAAGAGGGGGUUGAUAGUGAGGUGAGAAGGGUGGAUUCAUUGGAGCGGGCCGAGUUUGCAGCUAACCUUUUGGAGGUGAAGUGGUCCACUAGUCUUGCCACUAAAAAAUUCAGGAAGGAUAAUGCUUCCCGUUUUUCGUCUCCUAAUAUGUUAGUUAAUGAAGAUAUGCAGAUUGAUGCCGAGGAAAGCCGGCUGAGCUCAUCUCUGCCUGUGUCUAGAGUAUCCAGUGAUGUUGGUGAAUCUUUUAUUGCGGCAACUGAACAAGAUGGGAAUGCAAUUGCUGUCAUAUCCAAUGUCACAGGUUCUGAUCUUGAAAUUCAAAGUUCUUUUGAGCUAGAAGCUUGCCCUGGCAAGCAUUUGAAUGAGAAAGAUGUUGUAUUACCUGGCUGUGACAUUUCUCAUGCGGCGGGUGGGUUAGAUGGAGUCCAACCCUUUAUUUAUUGUGAAACAUUGUACAUUGCCAGAGAAAGAAGUGGCCAAGUUCAUGUUCAUGCCAGAACUGAGCUGCUAUCUAAGGAUUCAGUUACUGAGCAACAUGCUGGUGAUACUUCCAUGGAGGUACAUUCAGUGGAGGCUACUGAAAUUUGUUCACAAGAGACAGAUGCACAUUCAUGCACAGACUGUAAUAUUGACCUUGAAGGGUCAGCAAUAGUUCAACAAUGCAAUAUUCAGACAGUCCAGCGAAAUUCAUUACCUGGUUCAGUUAAAAAAGUUGAGUCACAGAGCAUGUCUAGUUUAAACAACUCUGGUGAUCAAGUUCAAGAAGAGAAAAAUACAAAAGAGGAAGAAAUCGGAUCAUGCGAUUUACAAACCCUGUCUGGGUCCGUUAUUGGCCAUGUCAUGACAGAAGCAGCAAGUGUGUUGCCAGUGGGAUUAGAGGAAGAACAAUUUCUCUUCAGUGACGAUGAAAUCAGAAUCACUGAGGUUCAGUGCACGGAAUCGUGUUCUUCAUCAUGUGUAGACAGAGAAAAUAGUCUCUCGUGUAGUCCAAAAGACAGUACAAACUAUGAAUCAUAUUCAUCUCCAGAAAAGUUUGUUCCAGAAGACCCCCCAACUGAUUUUGAGAAAUCAAUUGGAAAACUGGAGGCAGCAUCAGCUGCAAUUGGUAUUCCUAGAAAUCGUAAGGCUGCUGCUGAUAAGGAAGUCGGGAAGCUGGUCGCAUCAUUACCCAAUAUGUGGCCUCAUACUGACAAGUUGAGUGCACUUGAUCUUCAUUAUCCCUUGAGCUGUUCACUGGACUCAAAUGUCAAUCCCUUGAAGUCAAUAUGGCAAGGUAAAGAUGAUUUGAGCUGUAGAAAGUUGGACACUGAAGAAGAGAAACAAUUAGCACAGGAAACACCAGAUAUGGAGAAUACUCAGGGUUCAGUGGAGCUCAGAGAUGGUCCUGCCAUUCCUGCAGUUGGAGAUCCAUCUAAAGCAAAUGUUGCCACCAGUGGAAGUUGGAAACUCUGGCCUUUCGGUUCAAGGAGAUCAAAUUCCAGGAAAGCAAUGCAGCCAGAUGUGAAUGGUGGUAAAAGUCCUGAUGCUCAGAAUGCUACAGAGAGCACCGUUGCCACUGAUGGAGAUAAGAAUAUGCUUACAGAUGGAGAUAAGAAUAUGCUUGCACCCAAGGGGAUGAAGAAAAUGGAGAGGGUACUCGCUCCAACGUCUGAGCAGCUGGCGUCCUUGAAACUCAAAGAAGGGAAGAAUACAGUAACCUUCACAUUCUUUACUGCAAUGCUGGGGAAGCAGCAGGUUGAUGCCAGAAUUUAUCUGUGGAAAUGGAACACUCGCAUAGUGAUCUCAGACGUGGAUGGGACAAUCACAAAGUCAGAUGUUCUAGGUCAAUUCAUGCCCUUGGUUGGGGUAGAUUGGUCACAUAUAGGUGUUACAAAUUUGUUUUCUGCCAUUAAGGAAAAUGGAUAUCAAUUGCUUUUUUUGAGUGCACGUGCCAUUUCUCAAGCCUCUGUCACCAGACAAUUUUUAUUCAACCUUAAGCAGGACGGGAAGGCUUUACCAGAUGGUCCCGUUGUUAUUUCCCCAGAUGGACUUUUUCCUUCUCUCUUUCGCGAAGUUAUCAGGAGGGCUCCUCAUGAAUUCAAAAUCGCAUGCUUGGAGGAUAUCAAAUCAUUGUUCCCUUCUGAUGCAAAUCCAUUCUAUGCCGGUUUUGGAAACAGAGAUACCGAUGAGUUCAGCUACCUUAAGGUUGGAAUCCCGAAAGGAAAAAUAUUCAUUAUUAAUCCCAAGGGUGAGGUUGUUGUGAACCGCCGUGUUGACACAAAGUCAUAUACCUCCCUUCAUGCUCUUGUGAACGGCAUGUUUCCACCCAAAAACUCAUCUGAGCAGGAGGACUUUAAUUCGUGGAAUUUCUGGAAACUCCCACCGUGCGAUAUUGAUGUUUGAGGUGUCGAAGAGAGUUUAUUGCUUUUUCUUCUCGCCUGCGCUAGAUAUGGAGAUGGAUCAGUUUUUCCAUGCACGUGUUUAGAAGUGUCGAGAUCUCAUAGGUCGUGCCGUUGUAUGUAGCUAGGAAUGAUUGGCUAAAUGACUGCUUUGCCGUUUGCCGGGCUGGGUGAUUUAUCGGCGACCUGAAACAAUAUAUGGAAGAGUUGGAUCAGUCCCACCUCCAUGCUGCUGCUCCAUUUUCUCUUCUGUUUUUUUUUUCUUCUUCUGCUCAAUCCAAGUUUGUGUAGUCUGUUUCUGUACAUUCCAUGACCACUUCAAGUUGUAAGUAUUAUUUGGAAGUCAAAUGGGUAAAUAGGCAUUCACAUUCACAUAUAAUUUAACUGUAAAGUCCUUGUUUCCAAAUGUAAAUUGAUUUCUCAUGUGGAUUCAAGUAUCUAGUUUUGCUCUUUCUGUUGUA